UUGGAAUUCGUCACCCCGCAAUGCCGCGGAGGCAAUUAUUUCAAUUACCCACGUGAUCGCGCGGACACAGGCAUAGGAUCUGCGUUUUUCCUGCAUCACAAUCGGUCGAGCGCUUCAGCAUCAGCAUCAUUAGCAUGGUCAUCAUCAUUUCAUCUAUUUUCUUUCGCCGCCGAGUUUUCUCUCGGCUGGUUUGUUCUUACUAUACCGGUUUUACCUUUUACCAUUGCGACGGCCUCUAUACCCCUGCGUGUCAAUACUUGUUGAUUCGAAUUUCUCCUUUCACAAUAGUCCGAAAAGACUGUACCCGCUCGCGCGGAAUACCACUGUUGUACCUUCUCACUUGUUUUCUUUUCCUAUUUAUCGUUGCAUUUACGUUACAUCAUACUAGGGUUUUUACAACUACAAGCCUGAAGCUCGCGCUUCUUUCCACUAUUUGCUUUAGCUCUGCUCGGUUCGGCACGGCGAGGAUGACAAUACCAUAUCAUUAUUUGCCCAAGAUUGAACAGCGUCUGAGGAUUUCGGUCGGCGGCGCCAAGGCGCAACGGGGGAAGGGCUGGCGGGAACCCUGGGGCUUAGGUAUGGUGUGUUAAGGUCAGCCGCGCAAUCCUGGGAUCGCUUGCAGAGCGACGCGACCGAGCUGGCCACGGGCGAGGCAAGCGUACCCGGCGCCAGCCGUUUGAUGAA